AGCUGGUCUCUGCAGAUAUCGGACUUCUACAAACAAUGUAGCUAGUAAAAGUGCUGAUAGUCAGCGGUGCUGGGGGAGAAAACAACGGCACCCUGACCUCAUCUUUACCCGGCUUCUUACCGAGAAUUCGUUGCCAAACUACAUCACCGGCGCUGCCUAGUAUUGCUGUCAAAUCAAAUGCAAUAGUGAUAGACGGUGUUUCACCUUCUUUGUCGCUUUUCUUUCACAUUGUGCUUUUACAUUUCAGUGAUGCGAAAGCGAAAUAACUCGCUCACCGUGGACCAUGACAGCUCUUCCACCAACACAUUGCUGGACAGCAGUCCGGAUUUAAACUACUGUCACAAGAGAGGGGAAGGGGUUCCUGAGCCUUGUGUACCAUCUAGCUCGGAAUCGGACAAAAAAAUGGGCAGACCAUUUCGAAGAUAUGGCCUAAUGGGCAGAUUGAAGAGGAUCCUCCUGUGGGUGCUGGGAGUCUACAUAACCAUCCCCUUCCUCGUCAAACUAUGCCCCUCAAUUCAGGCAAAACUAGUAUUUUUAAAUUUUGUGCGGCUGCCCUAUUUCAUUGACUUGAAAAGGCCACAAGACCAUGGGUUGAACCACACCUAUAACUUCUACCUGCAGCCAGAGACUGGUGUCAACAUUGGUGUAUGGCACACAGUCCCAGACCAGAUGUGGAAAGAGGCGCAGGGGAAGGACAGAGAGUGGUAUGACAGUACCUUUAAAUCGCCCUAUCCAGUCAUGCUGUACCUUCACGGCAACGCAGGGACAAGAGGAGGGGACCAUAGAGUUCAGCUCUACAAGGUCCUUAGUUUAUUAGGCUACCACGUAGUCACAUUUGAUUAUAGAGGUUGGGGUGAUUCAGACGGGAGCCCCUCUGAGAGCGGAAUGACGUCAGAUGCCCUGUUCCUCUACCAGUGGCUGAAGGAGAGGGUGGGGAGCAAACCCCUCAACGUCUGGGGCCACUCACUGGGGACAGGGGUGGCCACUAACCUAGUCCGACGUCUGUGUGACAGAGGGAUGCCCCCAAACUCCUUAGUCUUGGAAUCUCCAUUCACCAACAUCCGAGAGGAGGCCAAGAGCCACCCCUUCUCUAUGGUCUACCGGUACCUUCCAGGCUUUGAAUGGUUCUUUUUAGAUACCAUUUCAGCAAACGACAUUCGAUUUGCCAGUGACGAAAAUGUGGACCACAUAUCCUGUCCAUUGCUUAUCCUUCAUGCCGAGGAUGACUCAGUCGUGCCCUUCCAUCUAGGGAAGAAGCUGUACAACAUUGCUUCCCAGUCCAAGAGCCUGAGUGGACACAAGCUUCAGUUCAUCCCCUUUCCUGUCUCUCUGGCCUACAAGCACAAGUUCAUCUACAGGAGUCCUGAGCUGCCACACAUACUCAGUGACUUCCUUGGCACGACUCAUCCCCAUGCAUAACCGACAAGAACAUUUCCACCUGUCCAUUGUUUCCUCUUACAACCCCCCUCCCCCCCACACACGCGCACACGCACACUGAAACUCUUUUACUGUAUGCUUUAUGGUUGGUGUGUACAUAUCUCAUAAAACAUUGAAAUGUACAUGCAUGGACUGAAGAAGAUGCAUCCAUUCCUUUAUUUAGCAUUCCUUUGACACCUAAAAUUCCUGCAAGACAUAAACGGAACACUGGCAAAGAGCGAGGGAUGGACAACUGGCUUGGCUUGUUGUCAAGGUUACACAAACCAAGAGGAUGGCUUGAACACAAAGAUGAAAUAUGCACAUAUUUUAAGGAGCCAAGACAAACAUCAUGGAGUGGGAAGAACAGUGGAUUGAGCAGGGAAGCAGUGUUUUUAAUUGCACAAUGUUUGGGGAAUAGACAUUCAUACACAAGGUGAGGAAGGAGAACGUUUUUCAUUUUACAACUCAUCUGCAGCACAGAGCAAAUUCUGUUAAUACCAGUCCAGUUUAUUUUCCCAAUUUUAUUUUUGUUACAUUACAGAUCAUGAUUUAAAAGUGUAUCUAUUAUAUUUGACUCAUCUCAGAUGAGAAGUUUUGGACUCUAGCUUUUCUCUAUUUAAGGAAGUGUAUAACUUGAAUUAAAUAUUAUACAUUUGACCAAACAUUAA